AUGGAUUAUGUAUCACUCAUGGCUUGGCGUCGAACGUUGGUGGUUGUAUUGGGAUCACUGGUGUUCGGAUACAUGUCACUGGAGCUUGGAUACAAGCCUUUCCUUGAAAAGGCUGAACAAUACCAACGAUCUCUUCAAUCUCAAGCUUCUCAGCACCAACAACAUCAACAACAACAACAAGACAAUAGGACAAACAACAAGUUUGCUACACCAGAGGAGACUGCAAUAAAAGCCAUAGCUGCAGCUAGAGAAUGGAACAACUCCCAGAGCAAAGAAACCGUGACCAUCAGCAAGAAGAAUCUCUCGAUCCCGAUUCCCUCAAGAUCCAACUUGAUACGAAUUGAUGCUGCCUGGAACGAACCUCUAUUAUUUGUGCGGUCACCUUUGACUGCGGAGGGGCUGGCACUGAGAGCUACUCUUCUUAAAGGCAAAGAACUUAAUAUAGUUAACGUCCGGUGUGAAUCUGACUCGGCUCAGCUUGUUCAAGCCCAGCAAUCAAACGACAUGCGCAUGGAUAUCUAUGGUAUCACUGCUGAUAUCGAAGUGUUUUUUUUUUGUCAACUACUGAUAUCAAAGUGUUAG